CGCGAUACCUAUAAAAGCUCUUCCCAGGUGGAAGAACAAGGUGGUAGCAGUAUACUCGAUGAGGUUUCUCUGUCUAGUUAUGGGUUCUUGCAACAUUUCAUUUUUGCAAGCCUUCUUCAGUUGAGAUUGCUACUAGAAAAUGAAUUGUUUGCUCAGCCUUUAAUCUAGAGAAGGGCCGCAGAGUACAACUAGGACCACUGACGGUAGCUGGAUGGCAGAGAGCCGAAAGCACAGCAUGGCAACGCGAGAAUUCCACCGAUCAAGUUCGAUCAAUGAGCAGCAAGCAUCGCCUCCAAGCGCGUU